AUGACGGAAAAGCAAGAACAAGUGGUUGCGCAGAUUGAUAGCCGGCCUAUCGCGGAUGACAACGACGAGCCGGAUGAGUGGGACCAGAGGAUAGACCGCACUGGCUGUGCAGACCAGAAUGCGAAACUGACAGACUGCUAUUUCGAGCACAAGGACUGGCGGUCCUGCACCGCUGAGAUGAUUGCUUUCCAACAAUGUUGGAGGCAAAACAACAACGACGAGCGCACGGCAACCAAGGAUUCCGACAAGCAGAACAAAUGA